AACCACACACUACUACUCACUAAAAAUUAAAGAAGUAGCUAAAGCUAAUAUGGCAAAGGCUUUCGUCUUCUUCUCAUUGCUGCUUCUUCAAACACUACUCAUCAUGAUCAUUGCAACAAGCCAUGUUCAUGGAAUGUUUCAACUAAAAGAAGCAACCAUCGACGAAAUCCAAAGCGCUUUUGCGCGAAACGAAAUCACAUCAAAGCAUCUAGUUAAGUUGUAUAAAGAUGAGAUCUUUAAAAGAAACCCUAUCCUUCGUGGCGUCUCGGAUCUAAAUCCGGACGCAGAAUUUGAGGCUGAGAAAGCCGACGAAGAGCGCUUGGCGGGAAAAAGAGGGACAAAGUUGAGUGGAAUACCGGUGUUGGUAAAGGACAACAUUGAUUUCAAAAAGAAGAAGAUGAGUACCACGGCCGGUUCGUAUGCGCUUCUUGGGUCGGUGGUGGCGGAGGACGCUUUUGUGGUGAAGAAGUUGAGGGAGGCUGGGGCCAUAAUUCUUGGCAAAGCCACCUUGAAGCAGUGGAAUGGUUUUAGGUCUUACAAUAUGCCUGGUGGUUGGUCUGCCUAUGGUGGCCAAGGCAAGAACCCUUAUAACUUGAGCAAUGAAGUGUGCGGAUCAAGCAGUGGAUCAGCAAUAUCAAUGGCAGCAAACUUUGCAACGGUGUCGUUAGGGACUGAAACCGAUGGCUCAAUAAUUUGUCCUGCAGCAUACAACUCAAUCGUUGGAAUCAAACCCACCGUUAACCUCACUAGCAGAUCCGGCGUGAUCCCUAUUUCUCUAAGACAAGAUUCCGUUGGAAAGAUGAAGGGACUGUGAAUGCCUCAAAACACAUUCCAGAGGGUGGCUAUGCUCAAUAUCUGAAUCCUCGUGGUCUACAAGGAAAAAGACUUGGAAUCUUGAGAUACCCUGAUUCUUUUAAUAAUUUUCCUGAAAAUUCUGUCGAGAAUGCUACAUAUCAACAACUCUUCCAAAUAAUGAGGGAUCAAGGAGCGACACUUGUGGAUGACAUAGUAAUUGAGAAGACUGAAGAGAUUUAUGAGAAUGAAAUGAUAGCAUUGUUAGCUGAGCUCAAGAGAGACUUGAAUUCUUAUCUGGCAAACCUCGUGUCUUCACCUAUGCGAUCCCUCACAGAUCUCAUCAUCUUCAACUAUAAACACUACGUCCUUGAGAAAAUCAUUGAAUAUCCACAAGACAUGUUUCUAGAUGCAAACAAGUUCGAUGGAAUAAGCAAAGAAGUUCAAGAAGCAAUAUCAAAUCUAGAAAGACUUUCGAAAGAUGGGUUUGAGAAGAUGAUGAAGGAGAAGAAGCUUGAUGCAUUGAUAUAUGUGGGACAAAAAUUGGUUCCAUUUUUAGCGGUUGGUGGUUACCCAGCAAUAACAGUGCCUGGUGGAUACAACAAUGAGAAUAUGCCAUUAGGUGUUUCCUUUGGAGGAUUAAAGUAUUCAGAACCAACUCUUAUUGAAAUUGCUUAUUCUUUUGAACAAGCUACCAAGAAACGUAGGCCUCCUCCUGAUGAUGUAAUCAUACUGCAAGUACCACAAGGCAGGAGCAGCCGAGCAGCUCGAUUUAAUAAAUAUUAAUAACAUAAAUAUGUCCUAAAAGAUUUUGGAAUCCACUUCUAGAUUUUUAUGGUAAAAAAUAUAAGGUAAUUAAGUUUUUAAGAAAAAUUUGCGACUACUUAUAUGUCUUGAGAAAAAAAAAAGUGUCAAGUUCGUUUCUGAAAAAUUAUAGCAUUGAACUUCUAGUUUUUUUUUUUUUAUUACCUAAUAUUUUUUUUUUAUAAAUUAAACGCAAAAUCUUUUAGGACUUAUUUAUGCUAUUACUCUAUAAUAAAUUUGUGUGAAUUGAAUAAAUUGGCGAAUUAGUUAGAAUUGUUGUUUAAUAUAAUGGUACUCACACAUUAGGUGAUGAGUACAAAGUGUUCUGAGUGAUGUGGCUUUGUCAUCCCCCUUGUGAGAUGAAAGCAAUGAAAUAAGUAGCAUCUUGAUGCUGUCAAUGUGUAAGUUUAAUUAGUUUAUUGUUUCAAGUUUUCUGAUGUAAGCACAUGAUUUAUGUCAUAAAUUCACAAUAUUUUAAUAAAAAAAUAUUG